CAAUGGGCGAUUUUGAGCUUAACCCAUUAAUAAUUUCUUGUUGGUUUUAACUUUUAUGCUUACGCGCGUUCCUCUGGGCUCCAAGCCUCCAAAGGAUCAAAAGCCUAAACCAGCUUCGAGGUUCCUUAUACUGUGGAACUAAAACCUGCAAGUUGAAGCUGCCGUAGCCAUGGCAGCGGACGAGAAGCUGAGCAUCUAUAAAGCUUCGAGAUAUAUAAAGAGGAAACAAAACUCACUGUUUAAUGCUCUCAGAUCCAUCUACGAGGAUUCGAUCUUCGUUGGAGAGAUCAAACAGCUCUGGCCUGACCUUCCUGUACUUGCCAACCUUCGCUGUGGUCUCUGGUACUCUCCUCAAUUUGAAUCCACUUGUUAUUUCAAAUCCACUGACGGACACUGUAACAACUGGUCCUUCAACACUUCUCGCCUCAAUCUCCAUGUCGUUCGCCUAGCUGGACAGAGUGGAGGGUGCAUCAUAGUUGAUUCUACGCGCAAAGGUAAACGGUUUCCAGACAGUAUGGCAAAGACUAUACCCAUAUGGACCUGUGUCUUGAAUCGGGCUAUAGUCAAUUAUGUAAGGGAAACACGGGGAAAAGAUGAAAAUGCUCAGAGGUGGGAGAUGGUAAGUGCGGAGAAUGUUCUUGAGUCGAGUGGUUGUGAGGCUGGCAGUACAGAACAUGUUCCUUGUGAUUGGGACUGCUCUUUGCAUCUUCCUCUUUGGGUCUCUGGAACUGAGAAAGCAGCUAUUGAGGAUCGCUUAGAGGAUUGGACCAGGCAGUUGGAAGCUAGUGGUGCUGAUAUUGGUUCUCUUGCAUCAAUAUUGAGAAAGCCCUUACGCCCUCUAUGGAUUUCACAAAAAACUGUCAUCUGGUUAAAUGAAGUACCUGAUUAUGAUUCCUGGGGUUUCACGCCCAUCAUCCUUGUCUCUGCAUCCUCUUCUAGUGGCAUCAUUCAGCAGAGAAGUACCUCAGAAUACAGUUGGCAGUAUAUACCGGGAGCAGGGGAUGAUGAAGAAAGCUGGGCCAGAGGUUUAUCACCUAACAUUUUCUGGAAGCACGUGUAUGAUCUCCUAAACUCGGGGCCUGAUUUGUGUAAUCAAAUGGUGGCUGAUAUUGUUGAAAAGGACCGAGUUUAUCGUGCUCAAAGGGGCGAGAUUGCUCCUCAGGUCACAAUCAAGUCUCAGAAGUCACGUACAAGUAAUUGCCAUAUGUCUGAUGAAGAUCCGUCACUGAACUCUGGGAUUUCAAAUGAUAAAAGGUCCUGUGAGGAUUUUUCUAUUUAUUGGCUGGGUCCAACUAAACUUGCAGUUGCUGCUGCUCAAUUUGCUGCAACUGUUUCCAAUGUCGAUUGCAUAUUGAAUUGUGAUAAUGUGCUUCUCCCUCUGAGUCUAAAUGCGGAUAUGUAUUUACAUCUACCCAUUUUGGGCUCGAAAUUUGAUCGGUUUUCCUUGCUGAGAAAUCUUCCUUCUGCACUCAAUUUUGCAAAGUUAAACUUAAGCAAAGGAAGGACACUUCUGGUUUGCUGUUGUAAUGGGGAAGACAUUAGUAUAUGUGUAUGCCUGGCAAUCUUAAUAUCCUUAUAUGAUGAUAGAGGGUCUUUCGAUGGUGGAAACUCCUUCAAUGAGAGAUGCAUUACAAAGUGGGAUGUGCGGCGACGACUAGUAUUUAUCUGUAAAUUUGCAAUAAAGGCCCGGCCAUCUCGAGGAAACUUGAAGCAGGUUUUCAACUUUCUAACAAGAGAUGGAAUUGGCUUGGUUUCAUAACACUCCUCUUAAAUUGCUGCCUAAGAAAACCAAGUUGGUUGGAACAUUUGUUGUACGUCUCUGGAUCCUACCAAAGCUGCGACAUCAUAAGAUCUGGACGGGCUAGUGAUACAUAUGUUUUCUUACCUCUGUUAUCUGUCGUACACUAAUCUUCCAUUGAUAUAUUUACAGAUCGGAGGUGUUAUCUUGCCUUAAUGAAUAUGUCUUUCUGGUACAAUUCUGUACAAGUUGAUCUUGCCCAAAUGUUUUGUUCAAUUAGGAGAAGCUAAUUUUUUUUAUAGGGUGGCCUAGGCCAUGCAUGGCUUGUACCUUUUCUUUGCAUGCAAUCGUGCAAAGAAAAAGUGGAGUGGGAGGAGCGGAUCUCUGUAUCUUACAUUCUUAUUAAAGAGAGACCACUUGGUUGCA